CCUGCUACAUAAUAAAACUUUAAUACAAUGAAAUAAGGUUAGCUUUCUUGUAAGUUUAUUUAUACUGAUCACGAACUAUCUAAUGAUAAGAUGAGUUGCAGUUGUAGCUUGCAAUUAUGAAUUUAGAUCUCUCGUGCAAAUGAGCGAGUACGUUCACCGCCGUUCUUCAGAGGACAUAAAAGAAAAAUGUGUAAGGUAGCACUUUUAAAUUUCGUAUGGAUAGUUUUUUUUCUGAAUUGAGCGCUAGUUGAUAUGAACUAUUUAGUUUAGCGAUAAAUUUAUAAAACAAUCGAAGCGCGAUAUCAACGAGUCAGCAAGAAGCAAUAGCGCUGGAAACAAAAGUUGAAAAAGUAGAGAAGUAUUUUUUUAAAUAGAGAGAAAUGGCUGAUACAAGCAAUGAGACUUUUCAUCCGCAGAGUAUUAAAUUACCAGCUGCGAUAGAAAUUUUCGCAAAUUUGAAAAAUGCUCGAAAAUUUGCAAUUGACAUUGGCUUAUCGUUGACGAAAAUUGCCUAUUAUUCCACAGUAAGAUAUCGUAAGGCACUUUAUCACGAUGCAGAAGAAACAACAAUGACAGUGGAUAAUUGUAGCGAAAGCGCUUAUCAAACUUUUGAAGGCAAUAGACUUCAUUUUGUUAAAUUUGAAACAUGUCAUAUAGAAAGUUGCCUUGACUUUGUUAAAGCGAAUUUAGUUAAUGUUGAAAGGUUUCAGGGAACAAGUAUUCAAGUUACAGGUGGUGGAGCUCACAAAUACACUAAAUUGCUUCAGGAUAAAUUAGGAACUCAAGUCGAUAAGAAAGAUGAAAUUUGCUGUCUUAUAAAAGGUUGCAAUUUUUUAUUGAAAAAUAUAUCUGGUGAAGCUUUUGAAUUUUCGAGACAUGCUAAUCCUGAAUAUAAAUUUCAAAAGGCUGGACCCAAUAUAUUUCCCUAUUUGUUAGUCAACAUUGGCAGUGGAGUCAGCAUACUUAAAGUUGAAUCUGAACAAGAAUUCGAAAGAGUCGGUGGCACCGCUACAGGUGGUGGCACAUUUUGGGGUUUAGGCUCACUGCUCACUUAUGCUAAGGAUUUCGAUGAAUUAUUACAACUCGCUGAAACCGGAGAUCAUCGUAAUGUAGAUAUGUUAGUUAAGGAUAUAUAUGGCGGGGACUAUUCGUCGCAAGGUCUAGCUGGUGACUUGAUCGCUUCAUCUUUUGGGAAAGCUAUGGGUUAUAAAGAAGGCAAACAAGGUGUGAAAAACUUUUCUGAAGCAGACAUAGCGAGAAGUCUUCUAUUUUUAAUCAGUAAUGAUAUUGGACAAAUAGCUAGUCUGUACGCAUCUAAACAUAACAUGAAUAAAAUAUACUUUGGGGGGUACUUCCUACGCAACCAUCCCUUAUCAAUGCACACUAUCUCAUAUGCAAUAAAAUAUUGGACAAGAGAUCAAGUGAAGCCACUUUUUCUAAGACACGAAGGUUAUUUGGGCGCGAUUGGUGCAUUUUUGUACGGAGCUCAACCUGAAUCUGAUAAAUGUAGUUGGUUAGAGAACUAUGCUGGAUCAUCGGGUUUUAAAAGUGAAACAACAUCUGAUCAAUUGGGUAUUCCAAUUGAUCAGCUAGAAAUUGAUCAAGCAGAAAAUGUUGUAGGAUUUUGUCCAUUAUUAGUCGAUCCAGCUACUUAUAAUCCUGAUACAACCGAUCUUGCUCAAGAUAAGGAAGCCAGGGACUACUGGCUUGGGUGUUUUGAAGAGUCAAUGGAUAAAGUUAUUAUGAGAGCAAUUGAAAGUCAACCGGAAAGUCCAACUGCAAAAGAUAGGGCAAAGAAAUUAAAAGAAAAAUACAUUAAUCGAUUGCAUUAUCUUCAUAAGCAACCAUUUGCUUAUGGUACAUUAACGGUCCGAACACUUUUGGAUACUAUCGAGCACUGUAUGAAGGAGUUUGAUUUUCCAGAUCCAUAUUUCCAUCAAAAAAGGCAGGAAAAUGAGCGGGCACUAAAAUGCUUGGAAAGUAGACUUGACUUAAUUGACAGUUUAGAAGGUUCCACAAAAUUGGAAGAACUUAUUAGAGGAGUAUUAAUUGGGAAUAUCUUUGACUGGGGAGCACAAGAAAUCGCGACAUUAUUGGAACAAAAUAACUUUUCCUUUGAAGAUGCACAAAAAAAAAUACCAGAAAGACCUUGGCUAAAAGAUAACUUAGACAAUUGGAUUAAGAGACUACACGAGGCGCCACCACAUAAGUGCGCUGCGGUAUUCGUUGAUAAUAGCGGCGUCGACAUUAUUCUCGGUAUACUGCCCUUCGUCAGGGACUUACUGCAAAGAGGCACUAAAGUCAUCUUAUGCGCCAACUCUAUGCCAGCCCUAAACGACGUCACAUACCCCGAGCUUGUGGUCAUUUUAAGAGAUGCAGCUAUGAUUUGCGACGUUAUAAAAUACGCCCUCAACGAAGACCGAUUGAUGGCAAUGGAAACUGCACAAGCUGGACCAUGUUUAGAUUUGAGCCGACUGAACUUGGAUCUUUGUCUGGCUAUGAUUAAACAAAAUGUCGAUCUCAUAGUCAUCGAAGGUAUGGGCCGAGCGUUGCAUACGAAUCUUUACGCCAAAAUGAAAUGCGAAUCGCUAAAGCUGGCUGUGGUGAAAAAUCGUUGGUUUGCUAAGCGAUUGGGAGGAGAUAUGUAUGCUGUGAUAUGUAAAUACAAGAGAGAAGUUGAUUUGAUUCCUCCGACACAGAAGCAAAAUGUAAAAAAAAAUAACGCUAGCAACGUGUAAGCGACUACCGUUGAGAUAGUACAAGUGAUUUCGGAAAUGAUUUUAUUUUCAUUUUAAUUACAAACAAGAUGCAUAAUUUAAAGCUCAAAGUUAGUAAGAAAGUUAAUCGCUCUGUGAGAAAUGCUCGAUUACAAUAAAACUGUAAUGUACUAUAGAAUUGUGAAAUUGUUUACGUCUUGUUUGCGUUCGGCUGCAACUAUUUUAAAAUUAAUUUAAAAUUUCGUAUACUUUAAUGGAUAAUCGAUUUGAACUUUAAUUUUCAUCCGCAAUAUCUAUAUACUUUGUUUUCGUUACUGUUGUCACUGUUAAUAUUAUUGUUAUAGUAAAUAAUCCAGCA